AUGAACCGAAUGAAGCGGCUGACGAUUGUCGUCGAUGGAGGCUCCGAUGACGGAAAGACUCACCAGUUCAAUGAGCAGACCAACUAUGUGCCCAAAAGGGCCAUCAUAACGAUUUUCCUGGCGUGUGCAAGCGUCGACCUGUUGGCUCUCAUGGACCAAACCAUGCUGGCGACCAGCUUGUACAUCAUUGGAAACGCAUUGGGAUCAACAGCCGAAGUCUCAUGGAUAGCAAGCGGUUAUUUCAUAACAUCGACGGUUGGACAACUCAUGUAUGGAAGACUGUCUGACAUUUGGUCCCGCAAGAUCAUUCUCCUGACAGGCCUGGCAAUCUUCUUUGCUGGCUCCCUGGCCUCAUCCCUUGCCCAGUCUGUGCUUCAGCUCACCAUAUUCCGCGCGUUCACCGGUAUCGGAGGAGGCGGUCUGAUGACAGUCGCCCAGCUAAUCGUCAGCGACGUCGUGCCUCUGCGGGAGAGAGGGAAAUACCAGGGAAUCCUAGGUGCUGUUGUGGCCAUUGCCAAUGGUGUUGGUCCCGUCAUUGGUGGCGCUCUCUCUUCAAAGUCUGAAGAUUCGUGGCGUUGGAUAUUUCGCAUGCAGCUGCCGCUGACGAUAUUCACUACUUGCUGUGUCUUGUUUUCUAUGCCCCUAAAGAAGGUGGAAGGGGACUGGAGAUUGAAGCUCAAAGCUGUCGAUUUCUUGGGAAUCCUUCUCGCCCUGGCUGGAAUGACUGUUGUCAUUCUAGGUCUGACCUGGGGAGGCAAUGAAUAUUCCUGGAACUCAGCCCAGGUCAUCACGACAUUGGUGAUUGGCACAGCUGUCUCGGUGGCCUUUAUACUGUGGCAAUGGAAAGGCCCUCGGUAUCCCUUGAUUCCUUUGCACAUUUUCAAAUCCAAGAUCGUCAAUGGGGCUUGUUUGACCAUGGCCAUCAACGGCUGGAACUUUGUCAUGCAAGUUUACUACGUGCCCUCGUUCUACCAGCUGGUAUACGGCUACUCAGCCACAAAGGCAGGUGCAAUGCUACUCCCCAUCACCCUCCUGCAGACCGUAAGCAGCACCCUCUCUGGCCUGGUGGUGCACUGGGUAGGCCGCUAUCGUGAGUGUAUUCUCUUUGGUUGGCUGUGCUGGGCUGUUGGGCUUGGGUUGAUGUCGACUCUUGAUGAGAAUACGGGAGUUGGUAAGCAGAUUGGAUAUUCUAUCCUCAUUGGAGUGGGUGUUGGGAAUACUCUGCAGCCUGCUCUUAUAGCCACACAGGCCGGCGUUGAAAGGCGCGACAUGGCUGUUAAUGUUCACUUCCGGUUCGCGCUAAUCAUAUCUGACAGUUUCGUGAGAAACUUGGGGGCGACACUAGGCCUUGCAGUCUGCGGCACAGUUCUAAACAAUGUAAUCGCCAAUUCUCUAUCCGUAUUGGAUCUUGACAGCAAAGAGUCCAAGACACUGAUAGGUAACCCUCAAGCAUUCCUCGACACCGUCUCGUCGAGCGAGGCCGAGAGAAUACGCGCUGUCCUUAUUCCCGCGUACAGAAAAGGGUUUAGGGUGAUUUUUCUCAUUGGGGCUUCUGUGGCUGCCCUUGCCUUUGUUCUGGCCUUUGUUCUCAUGCCUCAGGUCGAUCUUGCGAGGCCAGAUGACGCUAAGUUGAAGGAGGAGGGGCGCAGGGCAUACGAGGAGAAGCGCAAUAAGAGCGCAGCGUAG